AUGGCAUCCGAGCGUAAUUUUGAGUACACGGGUGUAUUGAACAAUGGAAUUGCGCUUGCUGCAGUUGCAAACCCAGAAGUGCAGAAUCGAAGCGGCAGAACCAAAUUUCAGACAGUGAGCGAACAAGUCGGUACCCUCAAGCAGACAAUCUCUAUUCCUGAGGCGGGAUAUGUUACCCUCAAGCCGCAGAAACAGAGUGCUCAGAUGGAAGCCCAGAUGGAAGUUCCUGUGACUGAACCUCAGACAGAGACAGAUGGAAAACCCACGUCAACCUCAAACUGGCAAGCCUGGAAGGAUUCAGAUCAACAUAAGAGGACUAGGAGGAGGUCUGGGAGUUCUGUGAUUAAAAUGAAGUAGGUGAGUGGAAAUCUCCCAUUUUAACUCUCGUGGCUGUCUGUCUUCCUUGUCAAUCUUUAAGCAUAUUAGUUAGAGAAACAUAUUAGUUAGAGAAACAAUUACUAGAGGGUAAUUGAAAACUGUAUUGCGAAGCUAACCAGUUUCAGGUCUUUACUAAAGGAAGCAGUAUGACCCCAUCUAGUUAUAACAUUUGGUAGAAAACAAUGGUGGCUGACUGUCUGCAAAUUUUGGGCUUCACAAAAAAGGUCCAGCAAGUUUUGGACUUUUCAUCUCAA